AUGGCGUUCAUUAGAAAUUAUUAUAAUGAUUUUACAGACCUCAUGGAUAAAACAGGAGAUCCGAGAACAAGGGAAUGGUUGUUCAUGUCAUCGCCGCUUCCGACUCUCGGAAUAUGUUUAUCAUACGUUUAUUUAGUCAAAGUCCUCGGUCCGAAAUUAAUGGAAAAUAGGAAACCGUUUGAACUUAGAAACGUUUUAAUUUAUUACAAUUUAUUUCAAGUAUUAUUUAGUAUUUGGCUCUUUUACGAGAUAGGUAUGUCAGGUUGGCUGACUGGACAUUAUAGCUACAGCUGUCAACCGGUUGAUUAUUCGAAUCAUCCCGAAACGUUAAGGAUGGUACACGCGUGCUGGUGGUAUUAUUUUUCAAAAUUUACGGAGUUUUUCGACACGAAAAAUCAACACAUUUCGACUCUUCACGUUAUACAUCACGGAGUCAUGCCCAUGUCUGUUUGGUUCGGUGUCAAAUUCACUCCUGGUGGUCACAGUACUUUUUUCGGUCUUUGCAACACUUUCGUUCACAUAAUUAUGUACACGUAUUAUUUGAUUGCGGCUCUCGGACCACAAUAUCAAAAAUUCAUUUGGUGGAAAAAAUACCUGACAGCUUUUCAAAUGGUACAAUUCAUCGCCAUUAUGGUUCACGCUUUUCAACUCCUUUUCAUCGACUGUAAUUAUCCGAAAGCUUUCGUUUGGUGGAUCGGAAUGCACGCGGUCAUGUUUUACUUUUUGUUCAAUCAAUUUUACAAAGAAUCGUACACGUCGAAAAAACAAAAGGUACGUCGAGUGUAG